CUGGGCCCGUGAGCGUGUCCCGGUGCUGAUCCGCCCGGAGCUGAGCCCAUGAGCGUGUCCCGGUGCUGAUCCGCCUGGAGCCGGGCCCGUCAGCGUGUCCCGGUGCUGGUCCGCCUGGAGCCGGGCCCAUGAGCGUGUCGCUGGUCGUGAUCCGCCUGGAGCUGGCCGGGGCCUCCCCGCUGCCCAAGGCCUUCGCCUACAGCGCGGCCGGUCCGGACAUGGCAGCGGAGAGCACCGGCGCGGCCCCCGCCGCCGUGCCCGCCUGCCUGCAGGGGAAGGGCCCCGGGGAGCGCGCGGCCAUCCUGCACCAGCACCUGGGGCGGCGGGAGAUGACCGACGUGAUCAUCGAGACCAUCCGGCCCCGCGCAGAUGAAGCCAAAGCUGCCGUGGAAGGAAGGAAAUCCUCGGAGGCUGCGUCUGCUGAGGACAAAACCAAACAGGAGGAGCAGAGCAAGGAGUGCGAGGCUGCUCCAGACUCCCCCUCCAAGCAGCUCCCUGACCAGAUCUCCUUCUUCAGCGGGAACCCCUCGGUGGAAAUCGUGCAUGGAAUUAUGCACCUGUACAAAACAAACAAGAUGACCUCCCUGAAGGAGGAUGUGCAGCGCAGUGCCAUGCUCUGCAUCCUCACUGUCCCGGCCACCAUGACCAGCCACGACCUCAUGAAGUUCGUGGCCUCCUUCUACGAGGUGAUUGAGCACAUGAAAAUCAUCAGAGACUCCACCCCAAACCAGUACAUGGUGCUGAUCAAGUUCAGCUCACAGGCUGAUGCCGACAGCUUCUACAUGGCCUGCAACGGCCGCCAGUUCAACUCCAUCGAGGAGGAUGUUUGCCAGCUGGUGUACGUGGAAAGGGCUGAAGUCUUCAAAUCAGAAGAUGGGGCCAGCCUGCCCGUGAUGGACCUCACAGAGCUGCCCAAGUGCACCGUGUGCCUGGAGAGGAUGGACGAGUCGGUGAACGGGAUCCUGACCACGCUGUGCAACCACAGCUUCCACAGCCAGUGCCUGCAGCGCUGGGAGGACACCACGUGCCCUGUCUGCAGGUACUGCCAGACACCAGAGCCCGUGGAAGAGAACAAGUGCUUUGAGUGUGGAGUUCAAGAAAACCUGUGGAUCUGUCUGAUCUGCGGGCACAUCGGCUGCGGGCGCUACGUGAGCCGCCACGCCUACAAGCACUUCGAGGAGACCCAGCACACCUACGCCAUGCAGCUCACCAACCACAGGGUCUGGGACUACGCUGGAGACAACUACGUCCAUCGGCUGGUGGCCAGUAAAACUGACGGGAAGAUCGUUCAGUACGAGUGUGAGGGGGACAUGUGCCAGGAGGAGAAAAUUGAUGCCUUACAAUUAGAGUACUCCUAUUUGCUGACGAGCCAGCUGGAAUCCCAGCGGAUCUAUUGGGAAAACAAGAUUGUCCGGAUAGAGAAGGACACGGCUGAAGAGAUUAACAACAUGAAGACCAAAUUUAAAGAGACCAUUGAGAAGUGUGACAGUCUGGAACAGCGGCUCAAUGACUUGCUCAAAGAAAAGCAGUCUGUGGAGAGGAAGUGUUCCCAGCUGAACAACAAGGUGGCAAAACUCUCCAACGAGCUGAAGGAGGAGCAGGAGCUGAACAAGUGUUUGAGAGCAAACCAGGCCUUGCUGCAGAACAAACUGAAGGAGGAGGAGAGGGUGUUAAAGGAGACCUGUGAGCAGAAGGACCUGCAGAUCUCCGAGAUCCAGGAGCAGCUGCGGGAUGUCAUGUUCUACCUGGAGACACAGCAGAAGAUCAACCACCUCCCGGCCGAGACCCGGCAGGAGAUCCAGGAGGGACAGAUCAACAUCGCGGUGGCGUCUUCUGCCAGCUCCUCCACGGCAGGCACAGGCAAACCUUCCUCCAGGAGAGGCCGUGGCAAGAGGGGCAAAUGAGCCUGGGAAUGCUCCGCUCCCACCCUGGAACUGGCCGUGCCGGCGUGGGCCUGGCUCACCUCGGGACUCCGGCUGGGAACGCCCAGCCCACUAAAGCUCAGCUAGAAAUUGUCUCCAGAGCUGCUCAUAAAACUGGCUGCCAGUCAGUGGAGGUGUCUGUGGUAUUUAAAAGCAUUUCACUGCACUAUUUAGCUGUUUUUAGGCAGAUCUUGAUGACCAUUUUGCCUUCCCACCUUUCCAGAGCCCUUCCUGUCACGCAUUUGACUUCCUUGGAGAGGGUUUUGGGGUGGGGAGGGUGUGUCCAUGUCAAACAUCCCAUUCCCUGCAGGGAUGCUGUAGAGUAGGCUCAGCCCAGUGUGUAAGGCUUCUCCAGUUCUUCUCCUGGAUUAAAAGUAUUCUCAAUUAAGAAAUUAUUUAAUAAACAGUGUAAAUUAGACUAUAUACAUCUCCUUUUUGUAUGGGCAGUCGUGGCACUGCAGAACUGCUAGUGCAGGAGUAGAACUGUAGUUUGGAAAUAAAAAGGAGUGAGGUGUGGAAAAUAAACCAUCUUAGUGGUGUAAGAAACCAGGUGAGUCCUAAAGGCUCGUGAUCUGGGAAAUUAAAUGCUUUAAGGGACUUUGCUAUGAUCUCUUUCUUCAUUUUACAGGUGGCCUUUGGGAGACCAGUGCUUGCUGUGCUGCCUUUGGGGCAGAAAGGGUGGAAGUUUUGUGUUCUGGAUGCUGUUUAAUAUUAUUUUAUAGGUAUUUCUCCAAAUUAAAUCGAAUCACCUGUGAAGAUGGGAACGUGCUCCCAGCAUUCCAGUCCUCUUGGAGCAGGGGGUGUGUCCCCUCACUGGGCUGCACUGGGGAUGUUGGUACAAGCUCCAGAGCUGUUACCCUCAAAAGCAGAUGAGGAGAGGGAUGAGCUCAGCCUUUUACAAACUCUCUUCCCACAUUCCUGUAGCUGCCAGGCCGGGUCUGUGGCAGAGCUGGAUGUGCUGCCCACCCCUGGACCCUUGCUGUGAGCUGCAGCUGUUCCCAGUUCCUCUGAUCCUGCUCCCAGAAUCUCAGCUGGCAGCACUCCCGAGUCGCUUGCCCCGAAGGUAGGCAGGUCCUGUAAGGGGAAUUGGUGGACAAACCUCUUUUGCUUUGGUUUUUAUGUUGGUUUUCACGUAGAUGCUCAGACUGGAUGCUCUGGGGUGGGCAGCUUUCCCCUGGCUGGAGAAGUGACUGUCCUGGUGGUUGUUGUGCUCAGAAUGGGAGUGUUUAAAGGCUGAUCUGUUGUCAGAGAUGGCAGGGCAGUCCCACAGUUGUCUUUCCAGCCCAUAGGAUGAUCCCUGUCCGUUGGAACAAUCAUGAUCUUAGUGUGGGACACUGAAACAGCUCUGGCUCACCAGCUCCAGCCUGGACACAGACAUGAAACAGCCAGUCCUUUUUUGCUGGAGGUGGUUCUUUUUUUGGCCAGUUGAAAGGGAUGAGUUACAAUCAAUCCAUGGAAUGACUUGGGAAAGGCAGGUCAUUCCAAUCCACUUCCUGACUGGAUGGACUGGAAGUGUGGAAUUUCCUCGCUGGAAAUACAGGGCACGUGUUGGUUCACUCAUGGCAUCCCUGCUUGGGUGUGGAGAUCUGCCCCAAGCACCUGGAAUCUGGACCUUUUCUAACUUUGUAGCAUGAAUGUACACUCACUUUUCCGUGUGUGGAUUGUACAGCCCGGCCUCUGCCUUCUGUAAAUGACUCUUAAGGACCGAGAGAUGAUGUACAGCACGGCUUGCUCUCCUAGAGAAACUAUUUUAUUUAAGAUAUAUUUUUACACCAUUAAGAUCCUCUGACCUUUUGCUGAAGGCUUGCUUUGUGUAGAACACUAAGAUGCUGUACUGUAUCUUGGAAUUCCUUUUCAAAAAAUGUGAUGGAAAAUUAAACCAGUGUGCAGUUC